CUAGUCCCCAAAUCUCCAAACGCCUCCUUCAAUCCCCAGCACCCGGCCGAAAUCCGAGAUUCGGAUGGCGUCCGGAUCGAUGGCCGACCGCGCCUCGGUUGAUUCCCCCGGCGACGCCACCCACUGGCCGGCGUCGAUUCUCCUCGUCCAGGAGGCGUACGUCGCCGUCAGCAGGAACGACACCACGGCCAAAGCCAAAUCGAGGGUCAACCAUACCGUAGAGGUCACCUUCUGGAUCGCCGACCCACCGGCGGUGUCCUUCUACACGUUCCACUGCUCCAAGCCCCCCAUCUCCGACUCUGAGGACGCCGACUUGGAAGUUCAGCCACACGUGGUCGGCGCGGAGGGCCGAUUCGUUCUUAUCCGCACCUCUUUUGCUUCCGGCGACGGCGAGUAUGAAUUCUUCAUCUACAAGGGCGACCCCAGGUCCCCGUCCCUCGACAGCGUCCCGCUUCCCGAUGAUGAUUCGCUGCACGGUGUUGGCGAGUUCGGAAUCGUGCCCCGUGGUGACGGGGACCAUUAUCUCCUGAUUGCACUCUGUGACGCAGUGACCUUGAAGGAUUACCGACUUCACAUCUACUCGUCUGAGGAUAGAACAUGGAGGACUAAGGAACUGCUCAAUCCAUGUCCUGGGGUCUCUACGAUUACACCCUACAAGGUGAUGUUGCUCCAAGAUGGCGUGCUGGUAUGGGUCGAUUUCCUGAAAGGCAUGCUGGUGUGUGAUGUACUUCAAGAAAUCCCUUGUGCGCGCUACAUCCCAUUGCCCGAGCCAUUGCCUGGAAAUAGACAGGAAAUUUUGAAGCAAUCAAUCCCGGGAGCUAGCGUCAGGCGUUAUCGGGACAUCACCUGUGUCGAUGGUCUGAUCAAGUUUGUUGAGAUGGAACACCGUGUGAUUGUAACAGAGAUUGUAGAAGUUCCUCCCGAAAAGCCAUCUGACCCCAGGAGCAAGGAUGCGCUCUAUGAUUCUGACUUGAUCAAGUUCAUCAAGCGCAAACAUGCGGAGAUCAAGCCCAAGACGCAGCGCUCAAUGAAUGGCUGGAGUGCCAUGACAUGGACUAGGGAGAUUGGGUCUGACUGUUGGCUCAGGGGAAGCACUGUUGACGUUGAUGACAUUUUGGUCGACGACUUAGCGGUUUCGGCGUUGCUGUCUGGACAAAGGAAUGAAUCCGCUGGGAGCUUGACAUUCAAGAACAUGUACUCCGCUUGCCCCACCCUUAGCACCGAUGGUAAUGACAUCCUUUACCUCAAGUCAUCCAGGAAAUUGAGUGAUUCAUGUGGAUGGGUGGUUGCUGUUGACCUUGCGGAGAAGACACUGAAAGUGGAAACACCACCUGGGGCGCACCCUUUUGGAAGAUAUUCUCCUUCGCGGCAACUAUUCCUUCCCUGCGCAUUGGUGAACCAUCUGAAAAUGACUCCAGGCAUUAAAGUCUCAGCAAUUCAGAUAGCAGGUAGCUCUGCAAAUGAGCCAAAUAAUACAGCUAUCUGUGUUGGUGAGCCUGAUUCCUACAAACCUGAAAACAAGCGUCCAAGGCUAUCGGCUAAGAAAGUCAACCAUGCACAAGAUGGAGCUCAGAGUACUGUACAGAAUGUUUUUAGCUCACAGGCCUGUCCUGAUCAAAACAAUAUGCCUCCACAACUGUACUUCAACAGGUGGGAGCAGCCUGGCUACGGUGGGUACUCACCAUGCCCCCCUCAAAACAAUCCGCCGCUGCCACAAUGUUUCAACAUGUUCACUGGACCCUGCAACCCUGUGUAUGCACCGGCGGCCCCAGCCCCUAACAUAAGUGGCUACGGCAAUUAUCAAUCCCUGUGGCAGCAGACACUACUGCCGGAGCAGCAGACAGCACCUAGCAGGCCAUUUGGACCUCAUGUGGCACCCCAUCCAUACUUCAACAACUGGUGGGGAGCCAGCCUCCAUGGGAAUUCACAGCAACACCCUGCAGGUAUAUCAUAUUCCUAUGGUGCGCACUCAGGCAGUGGCAACCAAGGAUUCGGUUACCAACCGAUUUACCAGGAUUACCAAUGUUAACCAUGUUUACUGCCCCCCUCCGGCUUACAUUUCGAGCUGGGGCUGAACAGUUGAGCUGUCUGCUUCAUCCUUGGACCAAAUCCGAGCUAGCACCGGAAAAUUAGCGUGUUUCGUCUACAAUACCAGGAUUGAUUGUGCCUCACGCAUCUGCCUGUGUCUUGUCCAUAUGAACUCUCUAUGCAAUUAGCUGGGUCUCUUGCUUGCAUGCAGUCGGAGCAUGUCGUUAUAGCGUCACUUCUGCUCAUUUUCUGAACUCCAGGGCUGAACUGGUACCCCCUCUGAAUGCCUUCUUGUAUUAUUGCUAAAGACAUGGACCCUGUGUGUCAACGGUUGUGCCAUUAUUGUGCUAGGAUGUUUCCAAAACGACUUCCCUGGCAUAUGUCAUUGUUGUCUGUUGUGACAUGGAUCGGUUUGAGAUGUAUGCGUAUUAAACCAGAACGACUUCCCUAG